AUGCAUUCACCGCCUUACAAUUUAACCAACAACAUAUUUUCCUCUUUAUUUGAUGAAGAACAAAUCCCUUCCUCUUCAAUUGUUGUUAAUGAUAUAGUUAAUGUUGAUAAUUGGGAAUCUAAACAAUUUAAUAAUAAUAAUACAACAACAACAACAAUUAAUCCUUCCCCUGUUUGUAUUGAACGUUAUGAUUAUUAUGAAUCUACAGAAAAAUGGCUUUUGGGUGUUUUUGCUCUCCCAUUUAUUCUUUGUGGAUUACUUGCCAAUGGAAUGUCUAUAUUAAUUUUUUCUAAUAGACAUAUGCGAAAACAAUCUGUUAAUUGGUACUUACUCGUUCUUGGGACAAGCGAUUUUGUUAUUUUAUUGGGUGCUUUUUCUGUUCUAACAUUACCUCGAUUAAGUGAAAUACUUGUUUGGUGGACAGGCACAGCAAUAAGGCCAGUAAUAUAUUAA